ACAUUCUCUCUCCAGAGCAGGAAUCAAAACAAGAGAGGGACACGCCUUCUUCAUGGUGUACCUAUGCUGUCAAGAUCGCAUGCACGAUCCGGAGGGGGAUGACGGUCGAACCGUAACAUCUGCAUCACCUGUACAUUACCGUUCGCAUUGCAUUCGUCAAGCAGCAUCGAUAUGAUAUCUGCGGAAGCGCUCGGUCGUCGUUGACAGACCGCAUUCACACUGAGCGCUCCAUUAUGCCCAACCAGAAGAGCAACAAGGGGAAGAGAAAUAAACGCACGAACAGUAGCGGAGAUGAGCAAGAAAAUGGAGCCGCGGCGGCCGCGGCCGCAGUCGUCACGACGAGUGGAACAGCUGCGGUGUUGACCGGGGCCACGGCUGGUCCUCCGACCGACAACAGAAGCGAGGCACCAUGUGCCACCCCUUUAUUGUGCAGUCUGGGUCGUCCCAUUGACCUUGAGAAGGACGACUACCAGCGGGUCGUGUGCAAUAGUGAACUCUGCCCCUACGGCAACUGGAUGCACCUGCAGUGUUUCUACGAGUGGGAGAGCAGCAUCCUCGUGCAGUUUAACUGCAUCGGCCGGGCCCGCAGCUGGAACGAAAAGCAAUGCCGACAGAACAUGUGGACCAAAAAAGGCUACGAUCUGGCAUUCCGCUUCUGCUCCUGCCGCUGCGGCCAAGGACACCUGAAAAAAGACACGGACUGGUACCAGGUGAAGCGCAUGCAGGACGAACGCAAGAAAAAGAUGCCGGAGAAAGGGAGCGGGAAGCUUUGUCUCGGUGCCACAGGAGGUGCUUGUGGGGGGGCCGGGGGUGGUGCGGAAGCACCCGAUGAGCCCAAGAAAGGGAAGUCACCGGGAAACCAUAAACUGGCUCACCGCGGCUCCAGUCAGGAGCUUUCUCGCCGACAAUCGGUAGAUUGGCAGCUAGCUCAGGAGAAAGGCUAUGGGCUUCCUCCCAACAUGGGUAGCGGGGUGUCCCACGGUCUCCGGUCACCUUGCGAAUCCCCUGCUCAGUCUCCUCCAUCCGGCUUCUCCUUCUCACCCCAGUCUCUCGGUGGUCCGCGCAGCUCGAGACAUCUGGGAGAGUUUCUGAAGAAUGCCGUUCACAUGGAGGGUCACAGAAAGCACCUGCUGCCUGGAGGUGUAAUGGCACGCGGGGCUCACCUGGAGCAAGGAGCGGCCGGCAUGUGCCUGCCUCGGCUCUCUCCAGGAGACAACCCCGUGCAGUUCCUGCGGAGGCUGGAUCUCUCCGAGCUGCUCACGCACAUUCCUCGCCACAAGCUUAACACCUACCAUGUGCGGAUGGAGGACGAUGCCCAAGCCGGGCAGGGAGAGGAUCUCAGGAAGUUCAUUCUGUCUGCUCUCAGUGCGAGUCACAGGAAUGUUGUGAACUGUGCCCUUUGCCAUCACACUCUGCCCAUCUUUGAGCAGUUUCCUUUGGUGGAUGGAACGUUGUUCCUGAGCCCAUCACGCCAUGAUGAGAUUGAGUAUGACGUGCCAUGCCAUUUACAAGGGAGGCUGAUGCACCUUUAUGCCAUAUGUGUGGACUGCCUUGAAGGAGUGCACAAAAUUGUGUGUAUCAAGUGCAAGUCCAGGUGGGAUGGAAGCUGGCACCAGCUGGGCACGAUGUACACAUACGACAUACUGGCCGCGUCCCCGUGCUGCCAGGCCCGGCUAAACUGCAAGCAUUGUGGGAAACCGGUCAUAGAUGUACGCAUAGGCAUGCAGUAUUUCUCCGAGUACAGCAAUGUGCAGCAGUGUCCACACUGUGGCAAUCUGGACUAUCACUUUGUUAAGCCAUUCUCCUCCUUUAAAGUCCUCGAAGCUUAUUGACAAAAGUUGCAAUUGCAUGCUAGUACUUUUCUCUGUUUAUUUUUUCUAUUCAUAGAAUUACUUAUUUUGGGCUCUUGUCAAAUCUUUGUGUGGGUUUAGUUCUGUUUAGGACGAAUUAGAAAGAAUCAAAGAAAUCGUGACGUUAUGACGUCAACUUUUAUAAAGAGAAUGAGGGUGUGCUUUGCGAGUAUUCUAACGCCAUCCUUGAAAUGUCUAAGCUUGCAUUUAAAAUAAAGCAACAAAACUGUGACAAGUGAAUGUAUCUCUGUAUGCCAAAUUUGCUCUUUUGUACAAAAACUGAGAAAACAAUAAAAUAUAUAAAAGGA